AUGGAAGCAAGUGGCCUCAUAGAUCUCGGCAGCGCGAAAAAGCUUGCGAAGGAGGCAAAGGCAGCUGCAUCACAUGGCCAGAAAUCCUUUCGAAUGCUUGCUAAUGCGUUGGGACCUGUGGUAUCAAUGGAUUCAUUUGUCGCAAAGCCCAGCCGCAAUGAUGAACAAGAUCGAAAUGCCCUGGAAAAAAAACCUUUACUGGUUUUCUGCUGUGAUGAGGAACGAAAACAGGUGUACUUCGCAGAACGUCCAUUGAGAACUGCACACCUACAAGUGCUCAAUUUCACGUCGGACAGAAAACUGAACAUUGAGCAGCAAGCUGGGUGGUCCAACAAAAGUUGGGUUGUAGUCCUCAGAGAAAUCUUUGAAAACCUUUCAUCUUCCGAAACCCUGGAGAGAUUGAAGUUGUAUGAGCGACCUGUGAACGAUGAGAGCGGACAAAGCCUUGAGGAUGCCAAAUGUUUUUUCACCCUUUGCCUAGAAGUGGCAUGCCAGCGUGCAUGGAGCAUGGCCUGCCAUUCAGAGACGCAACCGCAUCUUUGGCUAGGCAUUUGUGACCCAGACACAGGCUUGGCUGGACAAUGCAAGGCCAAGAUUCAAAAGGACGCUGAGGUGGUUCAGGCCGCAUUUCAAGCUGCUGCGAAUUCAACUGGUGAUGUGAUAGAGUAUGAGAAACAACAAACCCUUCCCGAUGUGGACGACGUGAAGCCUGCAAGCAACCAAGCAGAUUUCAAAUCGGUGGCAGCAAUGGUAGUGCUCAGAGUUGCGAGCGUUAGCAAUUUUGUCGAUGCAGGAGGAUUCUGGGUUACUAGGCUGAUGGAUGCACACAACAUCUACCUGGAGAAAAUGACGGGCACCUACUUCAUCUCGUUCGGUGUUCAUGGCGAUGCUGGAAUGUCAUGGGAAGUGACCCCUUUUGGGGAUGGCAAUGCUUUUUUCAGCCUUACAGCUUUGUCAGAGACCACCAACAAAGAGACCGCUAUGCGCUUGCAGUUUUUUUGCACGCGCAACCUGUGGCACCCUGGGCAGAGGGACAAUGAGGAGGAGUACGCAGGGGUUCCCACUCGAGUCUGUUUGCCUUGGGAAGUCCCUUCUGAUUCAGAGGGUCGGGGCAUCGUGCUACGACGAACUGGCGAGGAUGAAUCGCUGUUUCGAUUUUGGGCGCGAUUUGGGCAAGAAGCAGACAAAGCAAAACUGGGCGGGCUGUUGAAGAUGCUGCAUUCGCUGAUCACGCGCUACUUUCCGGAGCUUUCGGAAGAGGAAAGGAAACAACUGGUCUUGCAAUGGUUUCCUGAAAAGGAGACCAGUGCAGCCAAAAAAAGAGUCUUCUCAGCUAGCUACUUGGGUGCAGUGUUAGGCCAGCUUGAAGGAGAGCAGGAUGGUCGAGAAUUUGAAGCCCUAAAGACACAGUUUGACGAGGAAAAGCGCAUUGAAUUCAUAGUCUCGAGGGUUGGAUGGUCGAGGUCAAAGGCAGCCCACUUUACUCCCAAGCGGGUGAAGGAAUUGCGACCGCCGAACACGGUCUUGACCUGGCAACCUGCAAGCUACUCUUUCCAGGGGUAUUUUCCCAUCCCAGAAGCAUUGCGCACAGGAGCAGCUGCGAAAGGCAAGGCCAAGGCAGAUGCCAAGGGCAAAGCAAAGGCUAGAGCUAAAAGGGUGCAGACACAUUGGGCAAGGUCACGAAAUUACAAGGCCAAAAGGUCCAAGUUAGAGGCAUUGACGUGGAUAGUGGACUGGCUCUGGAAAACCCAUGAACAGCACGGUGGUGUCGCUUCGGCUGAUGUGAAGGACAAGCCGACCCGCGCGCAAAUCGAAACAGCAUUGAUAGAGGGCAGCAAACCAGACGCUGAGAUUGAUGAGGAAGACGAAAUCCCCGACAAGACAUCCCCGACUACCAAAAAGAGAAAGGCAAGUGAAUCAAAUGAGGGUUCAAAGUCAGUCAAGAAGAGCAGAGGUGAUGGCAGUUCCAAUUCAGACAGUUCUACUGUUUCUUCCUCCUUGGAGAAGGACACCCAAGGUGACUUCUCAGUGGAAGACAAAAAGACAAGUUUGAAAACAACUCCAGCGAAAGCAGCUUCAUCUUCGUCAGCUCCUAAAGGGAGUGGGCGAAGUCGAGGUGGUCGAGCAAGUGGUUCAGGGCGAGGAGGCUUCGCCUUCGCCUACGAUCAGAUCGGCAUCGUGGAGGUGCGGCAGCGCAGCGUCUCCGUCCGCGUGGUGCGCUCCGGCGCCGUGGAUGAGAACGCCAGUAUCACAUACCAGACGCGUGCCGGUCGGGCCAAGCGGGACGAGGACUACACACAUGUGGAAGGUGUCCUGAAGUUUGGCCCUGGAGAGGAAACGAAGUCGGUGCUCAUCAACAUCGCCAACAGCUUAGCCUUCGAGUCCAACGAGGAAUUCUACUUGGACUUGAUCGAUGCCAAAACUUCCACAAAGGUGGCCUCUGCCACCUUAGUGAUUCUCAGCAACGAGGAGGCAGGCUACAUCCGCUUUGAGGACGAGAAUCUCACCACCGUCGAAGAGUUCCAGGAAAAGAUCCUGGAUGUUCCGGUCAUUCGGAGGGACGGUGCCGCUGGCAAGGUCACCUGCGAAUGGCGAACUGAGGACAAUACCGCCAAGGCUUCGACGCACUAUGUGGCGGGCAAAGGUGUCUUAGAGUUUGAACAUGGUCAGAUGGUGACGACCAUUCCACUGACAAUUUUGCCAGCGGGUCGAUGCCAGCUUAGAAGUACUGUCCGAAUAGUAAUCUUCAACAUCACGGGAGCCAAGUUCGACCCCAACACCGAAGGUGGCAAGGAGUUUUGCGUGGCAAACGUGGUGAUAGAACCGGAUCCAGACAUUCAGGAGCGAAUCCUUCGAAUUCACAGCGUGCUCGCUGUGAAUUGGGCCAAAGCUCAUACCGCGCGGUCAAAUUGGACUGCAUGGAAGGAGCAGAUCAUGGAUUCGAUCAAGCUCAAAGACGAUGAAGAGGAUGAGGAGGAAGAGAGGAAUGGUUGUUUUGAAUGCCUCUCCAUGAUCUCCACUGCCCUCUUGGUGGUCCCCUGGAAGAUCGUCUUUUCGUGUAUCCCUCCUCCGGGAUUUUGCGACGGAUGGCUAUGUUUCGUGGGCUCCCUGAUGGGCAUCGGUGCGCUCACUGCAGUCGUAGGGGAUUUAGCAGCUCUUUUGGGGUGCGUGCUCGAAAUCGGCAGUGCCAUCACCGCCAUCACCUUGGUGGCGCUUGGCACGUCCCUACCCGAUACCUUCGCCUCUAGAACUGCAGCAGUGCAGGACCCAACGGCGGACGCGUCUGUGGGGAAUGUCACAGGCAGCAAUUCGGUGAACGUCUUCCUGGGCCUUGGUCUUCCCUGGACCUUGGGCGCGCUGUAUUGGACCAUCGGUGGUGCCGAUCCCAUCUGGUUGGCCAGAUAUCAGGACUGCCGGUUGCGCGGACUGCCGCGGAGCGCCGCGUUGCGCACGCACUGGAUUGGACCUCCAAGUUUCCAGCCCUUGUCCGCCCUGCAGCGUUUAACCACGACUCACGCCCGGUGCCAUCCAGUGCCCCCUCAGCGCAUGCCGAAAGUGGACGAAGAAGCACUGGUCUUCAGCGAACAUGUCAGGGGAGCCAUGUAUUCCAGAACUUGGAGUCGAUCCAGGGAGAAGUUAGAGUCAGCCCUGCUGGAGCUCUACGGUCUGUCCCUGGGUCGCCAUCAAGCGCUGCUGCUGCCCUCUGGGAUGGCAGCCAUUGGGGCGACCUUGGCCGCCGUGGCCAACUCGCGAAGCAAGGAGCCUUGGACGUUGGUCUAUGGCAGCGAACUCUACUGUGAAGUGCCACGCACGGUGCAUUACGUGGCAGACAGCUGCGGAACGAAGGUGAGCUGUGUAUCUGUGGAUAUCACCAACGUGCAGGAGCUGCUGGAGCUCUUUCGGAAACGAGGUAAAACCAUUGGGAUCUUUCACUUCGAAGCCUGCACCAAUCCCAGUGGGCAGUUUUGGGAUUUUCAGAUCCUGGGCGAGUUGAGAAAACUGGCUCCCGAGUGCGUCUUCAUAUGUGACAACACCUGGCUGUCGGGUGCGUUGUUCAAUCCCUUGGAACACGGAGCGGACCUGGUGGUUGAGAGUCUGACCAAAUACGUCUCGGCGGGGCGUUGUAUCGGAGGUGCAGUGCUGGGCGUGAACAGCUUGAUGGCGCCGAUCCUCUCGUGGAUCAAAGCCUUUGGUAUGUUUGUGGCUGCUGACCACUGCGAAUUGUUCCUUGACUCUUUGAAGAGCCUGCGUGCCCGCAUGCAGGCGACGUCUCAAACAGCGCAGAUGAUGGCUGCACAUCUGGAAGCACAUCCGGCGGUGAAUCGUGUGAUGUACCCACUGCUGGCUUCUCAUCCCACCGCCUCGGUUGCUACUCGAUAUUUAGUGCAGGGCCUAGGGCCCAGCUGUAUUUGGUUCCAUGUUUCGGCCAAGAAGCAGUAUAUCAUGAAACUCCUGACAUCCUCGGCAGCUCCGGAAUGCAAGACCUCCUUUGGUGCGCGUCAGAGUCGCUUGGACCCCUGGCCCAAAGCGGCUUCCAGCAGCAGCUACGACCGAAGCGACCAGACGAAGGGCGGCCGGGAGGGCACCUGGCUUCGCUUGGCCGUUGGCUUUGAGGAGGAGACUUGGCGGCAAGGGAUGUACUUUGUGACGGAGGAACCAGCCGCUUUGGUCCAUGCCAUGAACACGUUCCUCUCGCAGCUUGCGGCUUCUCCGGGGUCUCCAGACCAGGUGGUGUCGUUGGUGCCAUCCAUGUCUGAGGGCCGAUGGAGACGGAAGACGUGAGGAGCGAAUCGAAGUUAGCGCCACAUCAGUGGCAGGUUUUGCCGACGGGUCAACCUGAUGGCAAGAUGGCCCGUCCCGGGGUACUCAGGGGAUACCAUGGAUCCAGUAACAUGGCUAUGGAAAAU